AAACGACUCUUGUUCCGGGUCGUCCUGUUAUGCUGUGCUAAGUGAAAACAGGUUUUGUAACGUGAGGCUAUAAAUAAAGUCGUCUGUUGUGAUUUGAAAAUCAGUGUUGGAAGAUACCUCGACGCGAUGCAGAGACCGCAGUUUCGCCAUCCCCGCCCGGGCUCAGGUCCCCGGCCAGCAGGUUUCCGCAGCCCUCCUCCAGCCUUCGACAGGACAGGGAGUAUGUUUCCAUCGCCUCCGUGGGCUUAUUCAACCCCACCGCCGCCGUUUGGACCAAGAUUUGGACAACGUUCUCCCAAUACCCCACCGAGAGAGUAUGGGUGUAAUAGGAGCAGCGGCGGCGGUGGGAAAUAUUUUAACGAUCAGUCUCCGGGUCACACACCGCGCAGAGCGAACCCCAGUCCCCGCGGCGCUCCGUUCAGACGCUCGCCGUACGAGAGCCCCGGAAGACACUCUGGAUAUCAGGGCUCACCACGGACAUCCACACCAUUUGGUUCAGCGCAUGGCAGGGAUAGAGGGACAAAUGAUAUGGAAAAGUAUUACAAACCUUCAAUGCUCCAAGAUCCAUGGGUUGACCUACAGCCCAUCUCGGUCACACAAACUCAGUCUAAAACCUCCAAACAAAACGAUACGAGCAGACAAGGGAGGUACUACAAUUAAACCCCAUCAGUGCAUUUCUCUUACUUCAGAGAAAGCCACUGAACAGUCCUAUUCAAUUUAGUGCACCAGAAAGUGCGCUACAUUUUUUAAAAUUCAAACUGAGCCAGCCUAACAAGGACCUGAGGCAGGAUUCACCAGCAAUAAGUCUUGACAUUUUAAAAGUCAUGUGUACUUUUCUUGUAUAAACAUAGCAACACCUCAACAACAGGAGCAUAGAAAUGGUGUGCUUUUGUAACCAGCAGCCUAUUCAAAGUAGUUUGCCGCCGCUCCCAUGGAGUUUGCAAACAUUUCGUUGAAAUCAGAGGAAUACAUCUUCAAUCUCAAAAUGCAGUCUAACUAAGAUGUCCGAUCAACACGUCUAUCUACCUCUCCAUAUUGACGGUGUGCUGUUAACUAGAACAGGUCAGGUCAAGUAUUUGUAGGUUUGGCUCCUUUCAUAAUUUUCUAUGGACUCAUUUUUGUUUUUUACUUAUUUUCGGUGACUCUUUUGGUUUUAUUACAAUCGGAUGUUUUUUCUGUAAAAAAAAGAGAUAAACAUGGACUGAUAAAAGACAUUGUAUUCAUAAAAUGUCCAGAAAGGACACUUGUUGGAUUAUAAACCUAAUUUAAUUAAAGUUUGUAAUGUAGUCCUUGUCAAAAAAAAAUAUUGGAAGUGGAAAUGUCAGUCUUUAUUUAC